AUGAGUGAACACCCUGUCCUCCGCUACAUCUCUCCAGGCGCCUGGAACCUCAUCGAGUCCCAAAUCUCACAGAGAGCAAAAGACCUCUUGAAUGACGUGAUACCAUCCGAGGACUUGUACCACCUUCAGAUCCCCGACGACCCGGCUACUCGCUGGCAAGCCAUCCCGCAAGCGCUGGAAGACCUCAAGGCAAAGGCAAAAUCAAAAGGGUUGUGGAACUUGUGGCUUAGCGGGGGAGAGUUUCAGGGUAUGGCAGGUGGCCAGGGUGGAGGUUUGACGAACCUCGAAUACGCGGUGAUGUCGGAGAUCAUGGGCCAGUCAAUCUACUUGGCCUCCCAAGCCACCAACUGCUCUGCCCCAGACACCGGCAACAUGGAAGUCCUCGCCCGUUUCGGGACCUCUGAGCAGAAACAAAAGUACCUCGCCGGGCUGCUCAAAGGCGAGACCAGGAGUUCCUUUGCCAUGACUGAAUAUGGCGUCGCCUCGUCAGACGCAUCCAACCUCCACAACACCACCGCCUCCCUCUCCUCUCCUUCUUCCACCCACUAUUCUCUUUCCGGCCACAAAUGGUGGAUCUCUGGUGCCGGCGACCCACGCACAUCCAUCCACAUCGUCGUCGCCGUCACCGACCCCUCCAACCCUUCUCCCCACAAACGCCACUCUUUGCUGCUCGUCGAGCCCAAGCAAAAGGGCGUCAAUGUGGUGCGUCCGAUGAAGGUGUAUGGGUACGACGAUGCCCCCGAAGGGCACUGCGAAGUCGUAUACGACAAUGUCCAAGUGGACAAGAUCAAAGGCGUUGUAGGCGGCCCCGAAGGUCUCGGACGGGGAUUCGAAAUGCUCCAAGCCAGGCUGGGGCCGGGGCGCUUGCACCACUGUAUGCGUUCCCUCGGUAUCGCCUCCCGUGCACUAGACAUUCUCCUCCAGAGGGUCUCUUCCCCGAACCGAAAGACCUUUGGCAAGUAUCUCAAGGAACACGGCACGGUGCUGGCAGAGAUUGCGCAUGCGAGGGCGGAGUUGGACCAGUCGAGGUUGUUGGUCUAUGCGGCGGCAAAGAGGAUUGAUCAGGCGGGAGCCAAGGGGGCGUUGCAGGAUAUCGGGAUUGCCAAGUUUACGGUGCCGGCUAUGGCGCUCCGCACUGUCGACCGUGCUAUCCAAGUCCACGGCGCCGAAGGACUCUCGCAAGACCAGCCUUUGGCGGCUUGGUAUGCCCAGCUCCGAACCUUGCGUUUUGCCGAUGGGCCGGACGAAGUGCACAUCCAACAAAUUGGGAAACGCGAGCUCAAGAGGGUGGAGGAGCUGCAAGAGAGGAGUGCGCGUAUCAGGCGUGCUAGCGAGAAGCUGCUGAAGGCGAAUGGAAAGGAGAGGGCCAAGUUGUAA